GUCUUGGGGGCCUCUUACAGGCUGGCGCCCGGCAGCAGAUGUGGCCCACACCAAGUGACUGACAAUCGGAGUUGCGCAGACAACCGGCAUGGCAGCUGGUCGGCCAGCUUUCAAGAAGCGGACAAACUAAAUCAGCCUGUCCAAUCGCCAGGCGGUCUGCCCUGCGCAACAGGUCGGCCGCGAAGCUACAUAUAUCCAAACAAGUAUUCCGAAUCCCUUCACUGCGACUAUUUGCGUACCUCUCGGCCGCAUGAGUCUGCCAUUGAGUUAGAUUAG